UCUGUAUUUAUUCUGUGGUGAAGGUCUACAAGUAGGAAGUAGUUUGUUGCAUUUUUGAUUGCCUAAUUUUCAGCAAUCUCGCGUUUAUCACCAGGACUGAAAUUCUUGUCAAAUCACAAUCCGGAAUGGCUUUCAAUUCUGCGUUACCCAACCAAGAGUUCUUAUGGGGAAUUUUCCAAAAAGUUGACAAGGACAAGAGCGGUUAUAUUACGGCUGAAGAACUACAACAGGCUUUAUCCAAUGGAACAUGGGCUCCAUUCAGAGCAAAAACAGUACAACUUAUGAUAGGUAUGUGCUCCCACAAUCCUAUUUAUUUGCUCAUUAUUGUUCCAGGGUUGACAAGGAUCGUAGCGGUUAUAUUUCAGCCGAUGAAUUACAGCUGGCCUUAUCCAAUGGGACAUGGACUCCCUUUAAUCCAGAAACUGUUCGGCUAAUGAUAGGUAUGUUUGAUAAAGAAAACCGUGGAACGGUUUCCUUUCACGACUUUGGCGCUUUGUGGAAAUAUGUAACGGACUGGCAGCAAUGCUUUCGCUCUUUCGACAGAGAUGGAUCUGGAAAUAUUGACAAACAGGAACUGCAAACUGCUUUGAGCACCUUUGGUUAUCGCCUCUCUGAACAAACGGUUGAAACCAUUGUUAGAAAGUUCGAUAGACUUGGGAAAAACACGAUUCUAUUUGAUGAUUUCAUUCAGGCCUGUAUAGUAUUACAUACGCUGACUUCAGCUUUUCGGCAGCAUGAUCAGGACCAAGAUGGCAUCAUCACUUUACACUACGAGCAGUUCAUUAAUAUGGUCUUCAGCUUGAAAACCUAAUCGAACAAUUGGUUGCUAUACCGUUCAUGCAUUGAUAUGGGAUAAUUGAAUACAUGUCAUGCUUUCAUUCAUUCCUCACAAACUAUGGUUACAAACAAUUUUGAAAAAGAUAAUUCUGAGUAUUUAUGUUUAAAAUGUAAUUAUUUAUAAGAGUAUAAAGAUUAAAACACUAUUUUAACUAUCAGUUCA